AUGAGGUCCUUGACGAAGGAUGAUAACGAUUACAAGGUAGAAAGCCGACUGUUUGACAAUGUAAACACAUUAAAGAAUGAGAAUCUACAGUUAACAUUGCUGAAUGAAAGAAUACGGUUUACGGGAGCUGAAAGUGUUGGUGGAACUGGAAAUGCCAGCAAUGAAAGGAUACAGGCCCUGGAGCAGAAAAUCUUAGCACAGCAAGAAGAACUUACUUCUAUGCAUAGGAGAAGAGGGGAGAAUGCACAGCAGAUUAUGAGUCUGAAUGAAAAAGUACAUGAUUUAGAGAAACAACUUCAAGCUAAAGAUAUCAUGUCAAGCAACCCUACCGCGUUUUUCAUCAACACGUUUGGUAGAGUUAGUUUCGGAAAGAAAAGUGAUAAGGUGCGGAAAGAGUUGGAGGAGGCAGCUAGAGAGAGUGGUAGUAGGAGUAGUGGGUCAGGCAGUUCUGAAGACAAAAUAUUGGACUCGAUGCCUUAUUUCGCAACUAUUUUGCCGAAUAAAGUUGCACUGAGAUUUUUGUUAUCCCAGGAUGCUCAUGACGGUGAAGUAAAUGCAGUAAAAUGGAGUCCAACGGACAGAAUUGUUGCGACAGGUGGAGCUGAUAGAAAAGUCAAAUUAUGGGAUGUUACUAAAUGUAUGGUGGAAACAAGAGGUACACUAGUAGGAUCGAACGCGGGAGUCAUGUCAGUUGACUUCGACUCAACGGGCGCAUACAUCGUAGGAGCUUCUAAUGACUUUGCCAGUCGCGUAUGGACAGUCGCCGACCAGCGAUUAAGGGUUGCGUAUUAA